CACACACACGAACGCCUGAACCAAAACGCACGUACACUCUUUCUUCUCUAUAUAUAACAAGUAGUAAUAAUAAUCUCUUCUUCUAUCUAUACAUAUUAAUACACUCUCAUUUUCUCUCUCUCUUCCCUUCUCUCCUUUCUCACCUUCCACCAAAACAAAUGGAUAAUCCCCAGUCACCGUUAACUCUAGACAACCUUCGAGUCAUCAAAGUACUAGGUAAAGGUGCCAUGGGUACCGUCUUUCUUGUCCACGACAUGUUCAACGACCCUUCUGCCUUAUCCCCUUUCGCUCUCAAAGCUGUCGAAAAAUCUAUUUUUCCUUCCGAUGCCGCCGACCGCCGUGCACGAUGGGAAACCACCGUUCUUUCUCGUCUCCGACAUCCGUUCCUCCCUACCCUCCUCGGAUUCUCCGAAACCUCCGAUAUUCUUUGUUAUGCUAUCCCUUAUUGUCCUGGUGGUGACCUCAAUGUCCUCCGUUACAGCCAAAGCGAUCAUGUUUUCCCACCUUCUGUUAUACGUUUUUACUUGGCUGAAAUUGUACUUGCUCUUGAACAUCUUCAUAGCUUAGGCAUUGCUUACCGUGAUCUGAAACCUGAGAAUAUACUUAUUCAACAAUCUGGUCACGUUACGUUAACAGAUUUCGAUCUUUCUAGAAGUUUAACUCCAAAGAAGAAUCUGGAAUUCUAUUCAGAUCCAGAAAAUGAUAAUCUCCAACCACUACCACAACCACAAGCAUUUACACAAUCCAAAAAAUUCAGAAAAUUUGCGAAAUUAGUACUUCCGAAUAAAAAGUACUCCAUAUCUACCGCAACCAUUACCAGAAAUGGAUUAAGGAAAGUGAAAAGUGCACGUGUAUCGCCCGUGAGCAGAAGGAAUCGAAGUUCAUUUUACGAACGUUCAAAUUCAUUUGUUGGUACUGAAGAAUACGUAGCACCAGAAAUUGUACGUGGGGAAGGUCAUGAAUUUUCAGUGGAUUGGUGGGCACUUGGUAUUUUGUGUUAUGAAAUGUUAUAUGGAACGACGCCGUUUAAAGGGAAAAAUAGGAAGGAAACAUUCAGGAAAAUAUUGAUGAUGGAACCGGAGUUCAUCGGAAAGAAAAAUGAAUUAACCGAUUUGAUCGGGAAAUUGCUCGAAAAAGAUCCCACGCGCCGGCUGGGAUAUCGGAGAGGCGCGUCGGAGAUAAAGGAGCAUGAGUUUUUUCAUGGGCUGAGAUGGGAUUUAUUAACGGAAGUUGUACGUCCGCCGUUUUUGCCGUUAAGAGAUGUAACCGAAGAAGGGAAGAAAGUUGGGAUUAGCAUAACGGAUUAUUUCAAGAAAUUGAAGGCACCACCGUCACCGUUAUGGUCACCAUCACAUGAUGAGUGGAGAAGUAACGUUUCACUGACGGAGUUUUAACGCACAUGUAAAGAAUAUGGGAUCAGUAGUGAUAUAAUACCAAAGUACAUAGUUAUUUUUGUAAAUAAAUGUUAAUCGUUAGUGAUUAUAGAAACAUAAUAAUUAGACCGAAAUGAUGUAAUAUUAGCUGUUUAUUGUUAGAUUUAAAAAGAGGUGUAUAUACGCACUUGCGGUGGCGCGUGGGGAAUUAUUGGAUUAUAUGGGGUUGAUGAUGAGUUAUAAAGAUUAUAAUAUUGAGGGCA